GUCGCACAUGUUUCCCCCCGGCACCCGUACCUAACCGGAACAGCAAAAAAGCAUGAGAGCGCCGUAGAAAUGAAUGGGUGCAAAAUUUGUUUAUGUUGACAUUAACGUAUGACUAACGUCGUCAUGUUUUCAGCGGACUAACACAAGUAAUAAAAACUCACGGAUUCAAAGAUGGAGGGCGACAUUUUGGACUCGUUAGAGCAGCUCGGCUAUGAUGGUCCCUUGCUGGACGAGAAGGCGCUGCUCGGAGCCGCAGAGGGAGGCCUGUCCUCUCCAGAGUAUGUGGACCUAUGCAGGUGGCUGGCGUCCAGGUUGAAGCCGCUGUGUGACCUGGAGGAGAGCAUUACUUCCGGUCCAGACGACAUGGACAGCCUCCAGCUGGAGAUGAGCGGUCUGCUCAAAGAGCUGCACUGUCCUCAUGAAGCCGUCGUCUCAGGGAUUCUCAAGGGCAGCGUGCGGAGUACAAAAGAUCAUCUCAAGUUUGUGUUGUUUUUAAGCUCUGAGCUCCAGGCAGCUCAGAUUGUGAGGAGCAGACAAGUGUCUCACAAACACCAAGAAGAGAGUCCGGUGUGUCAGGAGCUGCAGGCCAUCUGUGAAACACUGAACUUGUCAGAGCCCAGAGGACAGGACGCAACAGGAGUCCUCUCUCAGGUCCAAGACAAGGUUGAGAAUGUACUUAAAGAUCUCCCAAAAAGCGUCAUUGGAAACCCAGUGCUGAAGAAGUCUCUAAGCAGUGAGCAGUGGGAGAAGCUGCACAACAUAAACACAGCUCUGUCUUCAGAGUACGAGUGUCGGCGCAGGAUGCUGAUCAAACGGCUGGACGUCACUGUUCAGUCUUUCGGGUGGUCGGACAGAGCCAAGGUGAAGGUGGACAGCAUGGCGAGGGCCUACCAGCCUAAGAGACACUCUCUGAGCCCUCAGUCCACGGUGGACAUGGCCGAACUGCUGGCUGCCAGAGAGGACAUCUGCAAUGUGGUCAAGACCAGCAGCGGCUCCAGCAGGGAGAAGACGACCUGUGCUGUCAACAAGAUCCUGAUGGGAAGAGUCCCGGACAGAGGAGGACGUCCCUCUGAGAUACAGGCCCCGCCUCCUGAGAUGCCACCCUGGCAGAAAAGACAAGAUGGAGGAGGAGGAGGUGGCUGGGGAGGCCGCGGCGGUGGAAGAGGAGGUGGCGGUGGCGGUGGUUGGGGAGGAGGAGGUGGAGGAGGGAAUUGGGGAGGAGGUGGAGGAAGAGGAGGAGGAGGUUGGGGAGGAGGUGGAGGAAGAGGAGGAGGCUGGGGAGGAGGUGGAUGGAACCAAGGAGGACACGGUGGACAUGGGGGGAAAAGAGGACGGUACCAGUAUUAACUUCUGAUAUUCUCAUGUAGUUUUUUUAAAGUGAUCCGUGUGUCGUGUUCGACAUGAGCGCAGUUCCGUUUUUUUUUUUUACGGAGGGAGGAAAAACUUUUUUUUAUCUGAUGCCAGUAAACUUCCCUCAUGUAGAUGAUUUAUAAAGCUCCUAUUUUUACUUUUAUCAGUGUUUCAUUUUGCUUUUUUGUUGUAAUAUACUCAUGAGUGGGUUAAAGUGAAAAUACCAGUGAUACUAUGACAUCAUGACAAGUACUUUCUUGUACUAGAACAAAUGAUCUAACGUAUUUAUUGGGCCAUAACACUGUAACUGUGUCCCAAAUCCAUAUCACACACUGAUUCUAAGGAGCUUUUGAGUAUGUGUUGUAAAUUAAGUCAACUUAAGACAGUCAGUAUAAGUCAUAAAACUUGAUUUAAGUGUUUUUGAACACCCCUGUUCUCCCACAAUGUGAUGCACAAUGGAAAUAGAGGAGCUGCUCACAACUGGAAUACUUUACCAACAAAAUGACCAUCUGUAUAUCAGUUACCGUGAAACACAAAACUGUUGCUCAGAUAAGAUGAGGAAAUACAAUAAAAUUGUUUAUUUAAGGCAGUAUGAAUAUUACUUACAUGGAAAUUGGGCUUUGAAUUACAUAUCAGUUAUGGAUCAUUCAUUUGAUCUAGCUCUGUGAGACAGCGCAUCAGAGAGGGGGAGUUAUUUGUUAUACGGCACCUGGCAUACUGACACAACACCACUUUAUCCUGUUAAAACAAAGCUCACAGCUUGGAUUCAUUUUUAUAAAAAACCUUUUGAUGGAAUAUAAAGGAAUACAAACAACUUUCUGGGUAAUCAAGUUGACUAUAUGACCGCUUCAGAGGUAACGGAGGGAGUCACCACUCUUGUUUACCAGGCCGAUAAAUCUCAGCAUUACUGUCUUCUUUGGUGCUGGUACCAGUUUCAGUAAAAUGAACUGAGCGAUUGAACUGUGGAGAAUCUAGCCGAGCUAACAAUACGUAGCAUCUCCAUAUUGACAGAAGUUUAACAUUUAUAUAUUUGUAUAUGCGAUCUAAGCAGCUAACUAAUGUUAGCUGAAGUAGGUAGCCAACAACUUGUUUUAUACAUCCAAAGAACGUCUAUAAAAAUGAAAUGCAUGGCAACCAGAUUAAGUGUCUAAUUGAGACAGGCGAUUAUUUGUCAGAAUGUGUAGCCACACCAGGUGUUAGACUGGGACUAGGCUUAUAAUUUAAGGUUUACAGUAGUCAUGCCAUGUCAAGUUGAAUUCAUGCACCUCCAUGGAAAACAGUGAACGGAUUUAUUAUUCACUGAGGACCACAUUUAACAACCACAAAACUGUAUCAGAACAUCAGUUUACAGUCUCUCACAAAUUCGUGCAGUAUAUUCCAAGUCUCAUUUAUCCAGUUGUAUCCUCAGGACUUCCCAAACACAUGCAUUUUCACUGAAAAACCUUGGUAUUGUAGUCUGGCUUUAAAGAGAUUAUAGAUGAGUUUCACUUGCAGUUCAUUUUUAAAUAGUCAGGUUUUAGCGAAAAUGCAUGUGUUUGGGAAGUACUGAACAUACGACUGGGUUAAUGAGACUUGGAUCAUACUGCAUGAGUUUAAGAGUUUGCAAACAGGUGUUUCAAUAUAGUUUUGCUGUUGAUAAAAUUGGUCCCCAAUAAGUCAAUAUAUUCACCAUUGUCUGGAGGCAUGCAAGAAAAACAAAGUCUUCUUCACUAAUUGAUGUACAAAUGGUCACUUUGUGGGUGAAGUAUUCCUUUAAUAUGAAUAAAAACUAAGAAAACAAAAAUUACUAUGAAAAUUUUGGGGAAAAAUAACUGGUAAUGUAUGUUAUUACAAUAAGUUAUUUAUACUAAGAGGCUCUAAAAAUGAAUACUGUGCACAGUUUGUAAUAUGGAAUAGACCCUUGUCACAGCAGACAUUUUGACAUGUAGGAAAAGCACAGGUGUAUUUAAUAACAUUAAUGAUGGCUGCAUUCCAUUUAGGGCAGGUCCUGGUACUGUGCAUACUGGCCCACAUAUGCCCAAUCCCAAACCACUCCCUACCCACUACCACUUCACUACCGAGUGUCACUCAAAAUCAAGUUACACUCGCAGCUGCGAAGGGCACUCCUGAUUAAGGGGAAGUGUAUGAAAGAGAAGCCAAACCAUGGGAUGGCCUCGCUACUCUACCGGAAGAAGGAAGCAGAUGUAACCAUGGAUACCGACAGGCACUUUGUGAAAGCAAAAUAGAGCAACAGGCUAUUAAAAAAGCAUUUAAAUAUUAAUUAAAAUUAGUUAAAUUAAAAAUAAACUUGGAUAAGUCAGAUAAGAGAUACAGUGCAGUGGAAUCAAAGUAAUUAACUUGUUCAUGUUUUCUAGACACAGUUUACACAUUUACACAUUUACAGAUUAAUUCAUGUGGGCAAUCUUACCUCCAUCUCUGCUUCACAGCAUUCCUCUUUUUAGUGAAGAGACUCUCAUUUUUGGUUUUUCUUCUGUCCCUGUGAACACAGAAUUAUAUAUUUUUUUACAGAUCAUGAGAAUGGGAUGAGGAAUUUUUUUGACAGUUUUAAAUAGUUUAUUCAAGCAUUUGGACAUGUAGGUUUUCAUCGUUUGACACCAAACAUUCUGUGAGUUUGUUUGAGACUGUAAAGUCAGCGUGAGGAAAACAAAUGUGUGUGUUUGACCUAAAAUAUUUUACAAAGUAGAAAGACGGAACUCUUACAUUUGAACGUUGUUUCCUCCAUUGUGAUGUUGCGCUUCCUGCUGGGCUCAUUAGAAGCCUGCACUGAUGCACACUCGCUAUCUAAGGGCUGAGCAGUCCACUCACACUCAGCAAUAAUUGGUUUGGGACGGGAUUGGGCCUUAAUGUAACCGAGCCAUCGUUAAUGUUCUUAGUUUCACCUGUGCUUUUCCUACAAUGAGUCAAAAUGUCUGCUGUGAAAAAGGUCUACUGAGACACAUCUUGCAUUUUUGACAAGGUCAGGGACAAAAACACUACAAUUUUUUUAAAAAUUUUUUUUACAUCAUAUAAUAGUUUGUCACCGUGAACGUUUUGUCUUGAAAGUGCAUGUAGUUGAAGUGUUAGAGGGAUUUGUAGAUGGAGUAAAGGAUGUUGGAGAUGAUGGUGUAGUCAAGCAAUCUUUCCCUGGCUGAAGAGGCAUCAGUGUGCACCCUGAAGAUUAAAACCAGGGUUACCUGUUAGAGAACAAGCUGAGGACACUAUGGAGAGUCAACUGGGGAUACACUUUUUUUUUAAACCUGUAUUUUACGAUCCUUGUCAGACUGAAACUGUCAGCUCUCACCUCAUUUGCUUGAAGAUUCUGCACCAGCUGUGAUCCUUUGUCACCUCUGAAUUUAUCCAAUAAAGACCUUUUCCAAUGAUGUUAACUCCUCUUAUGUUGAUGUGAUGUACAGAUACUGAAGAGAUUGAGAGGCACUACCUCAUUCCUACCACAAGGUGGCAUGAUUGGUGCAAACUCAGACACAGCAGGUGAUCUUUAGAAAUAAAAAGAGAGGAAACAAUUUACUUCCAAAUGUUUAUUCUCGGCUGAAAAGAUUCUCUACACUGUAUUUUCCAAUGGCAUACCAUUCUUUUGUUCAAUAGAUACAGUUUAUACAUAGUUUGUACAAUAACCAAUAUUCAUAAAAGCAGAAUUUUACAUUGUGUACAUUAUGAACAACAACAUACCUGUACAUGGACACAACAGUUACAUCUUGGCCACAAAACAAAAAUCACUCUUUUCAGUCUCCACGCUAAGACUCAAGCAGUAUCUUAAAACCAAAAAAACAAAACAAAACCUGAAGCAAAUUCCUUAGAAAAAUCCAGUUAAAACACAUCUCAACAUUCUUGACGAGGUAUUUUCCUCCAGUUAAGUUAGAUCAGAAUCAUCAGGGUAAGACAAAUGAGGGACUGACAAUCACUUCACUUUGGCCACUUUAUAAAUUAAGUUGCUGCCUUGAAUUGAAAGGCAAAUAUUUCAAAUUAACAUUGACUUCAUGUAAACUUUGCUGCGCCUGUGAGCAUCGUUUCUGUACAGGUGAACUUCAUAGGGGCUUUAAAUCCUUCCCACAGCUGCGGCAGGAAGUGAACGCAUUCAUAAAUACUCAUGAGGCCACGUGUAACAGCAGGAAGUGUCUGCGGAGAGACAUUUCUCACCGGAGUGAAAACAAGCGUGGCAGGCAGAAUACUGUAACUAGAGAUGGUCCGCCCCGUCAGACUUUCAUUGAGCACCAGGGCCGACACGCUGUCAGUCAUGUCUCAAUACUAUCAAAUGGCCUCACCUCCAAAGUUUCCUGUAUUUCACAAUGACACAAAGGCCAAACUGUCACAGCUCAAGGGAUGUGAGCCAAUUUCAGUUAUUGUUUGUGUGCUUCUCACAUGUAUCGACUGGCAUUAAUAAACAUAUCACUGCAAUCAAACAAGCAUUCAAUGACACUGAAUUAGAUCACCUUCAAAUUUCCUUCAUAUGCAAAAAUACAGUCUUAUUAAACUUUACAAGGCAGACGUUUAGGCACUUCUUUGUCAUGACAAAAUAUUUUAAAGUAUGUUGAUUUUGCGCAAAUAAAGCACUCCGUUCAAGAUUAAAAAAAAAAAAA